AACGAUACAUAUCAGUGUGGCAUUAUGCUCAACACAUUCCUACAUACGAUCUACAUGUUAAAGAGAACCGCUCGGAUAUACUAUAUACUAUAUACACCAUAUAUACGUUAUACGGUCAGAAGACUUACUGCAACGAAACAUAUCAUUGAAGUUACUGCUGCAAGCCUAUGAAUAUUAUAGAGGAUUUUAUUGUUAGAGCUCGUUAUUUUUGGGAGAUCGAUCUAGACAUAUUCGAUAUUAUGGAUUGGCUGAUAAGGGGGCACGGUGCCCAGUCUGAUUGUAAAAAGAUUGUUUGUUUUACAGUGAUGGCGAACGGAAGAAUGCAAUUUACAUAUCUAUAUAUAUAUUUCUGUAUAUGAACGUAUGUGUAUAAUAAAGUUUAUUGUUUUAAUGUGUUUGAACCUGCAAAUCCCAAAGAGAUCGUUUUAGUUUUGAGGUAUUAAAUCUUACAGUAAAACAAGAAAGGAAGCUAACUUUGGGAAGCCGAAGUUUAUAUACCCUUGCAUUUUAAGAUUUAAAGUAUAUCCUAAGAUCACACUGGCCAUGCUGUAAACUUCUGGCUGGGGCAGUCAAUUCUCAACCUUUGACAAACCAGCUUAGUUGAUUUUCGGCUAGGCCUUUCAACACCUUGGUGGCAGUGGGAGAACUAAGGACGAUCUCCAUCAAAAUGGCCGACGAACAGCAUCCGCCCAAAAAGGAGCCGGGCCAGGAUGAGGUCCAGGAGAGGAACGCUGCCACGCGAUUCGGGUUAGAGGACCACGAGGCCACUCAGCAGGAUGCCCGGGUGACCACACUGCGACAUGCCGAGGAGCGACGUGGCUCCAUGGCGCCGCCCCACGAUAAGCGCUCGAUUUCCGCUAAGGUAUCGCAAACGCGGUUGGCGGCCGAAAAUGACCCAAAUCGAACCAAUGCUCCCGUUGGUCCCAAACCCGCUCCGGCACCGGUCAGGCCUUCGGAUGACAUUUCCUCCCGUAACUCCUUGGUUCAAGGUGCCGCUGUGGCUCCAGAUCUUCCACCAAAACCACAGCGCAGCUCGGACGCCGACGCCGAUGGCGAAUCCUCUGAAGUGGACAAGAAAACGGCAAAAAGAAAGUCGGAGAAAAGGGUAUCACCAUCAUCAUCCUCCUCGGAGGAGCAGGUGAAGAAGGAAGAAGCGAAACCCGCGCCACCUCCACCACAAGCUCAACAGCAGCGGAAAUCCAUAGAUUUCGCAGAGACAGAAGCUGCUCCCAUUCCUCCGCCAGCGGAGAGGCAGGAGGAUGUGCCCAUGCCGCCGCCGAUGAUGUCGUCCUUGCCGACAGAUGAUAGCAAGGAAGAUGUGCAGAGCUUGAACAGCAAGUUGACCAACACGGACAUCACCUUCCAUCCAUCGAAGGUGUUCGCCUCCAAGGGAACCAACACAUCCGGCAUGCUCUACUCGGAUGAAGAGGAGGAGCAGGAGGAAGAGGAUCUUCCCAAGGUGCCGGCCGAGUUCCCCGACAGUGAUCUGGACACUCUGUUCCUGCUGGCCUGUCGCGAGGUGAAGAAGGCUGGCACCAUUGCCCUGGCGGAGAACGAAAAGCAGCAGGAGUACACCACCAAGAAGCACACCAACGACCUGGUCACUCCCACUGACAACAUAGUCGAGGAGACCUUCAUCAAGGCCAUCAGUUCGCGGUAUCCCGACCACAAUUUCAUUGCCGAAGAGCGAACUUCAAAGUCGGAGACCGGAAUGGUGACCCUGACAGAUGACCCAACCUGGAUAAUCGACCCCAUCGAUGGCACCAUGAACUAUGUCCACCACUUUCCGUACUACUGCAUAUCGGUGGCCUAUUUGGUGAACCAGGAGACUCAGUUUGGUAUCAUCUACAAUCCGCCAAUGAAGAACAUGUAUACAGCUCAGAAGGGAAAGGGGGCUCAACUGAAUGGCGAGAUGAUCAGGACGUCUGGACAGAUCGACCUCUCCUCGGCCAUGGUCCUGCAGGAGUACAGUUCGGGCGGCAAUGAGACGCGCAACCAGGUGGCCCAUGAGAAUGCCCACCGGCUGUUGAAAAGAGCCCACGCGAUGCGUUCGAUUGGAUCUUCCGCCAUGGGUUUAGCCAUGGUGGCAUCUGGAGUGGCGGAUGCCUAUUACAAUUUCGGACUGCACGUUUGGGACAUGGCCGCUGGAGCUAUUAUAGUCACCGAGGCGGGCGGAGUGGCUAUGGAUCCGGCUGGAGUCGAACUGGACAUCAUGUCCCGAAGAUGCCUGGCCGCCUCCACCGAGCACCUUGCCUUGGAGUUGGGCAGCAACCUGGAGCAGAAUUAUCCUUCGCCACGCGACGACGAACCGCGAUCCGUAAAUCCCAAUGAAUACGGACCCGCUGCGGAGACCAGGGACUUCACCGGCCAGACGGAUUUCCCCGAUUCGGAGACCCCGGACACCACGGACACCGAACAGUCCAACGAGAAGCCAGCGGCGACUGCCAACUGACCACCAGGAAGGCCAGCUGAAAUUCAUUUUAGUUAUUUAAUAAAUUGACCAUGCAAGGGGA